GCCGCAGACACACACGCGCGCAGCAUGGCCGCAGCAGGCUUCCUGGCCGUGGCGCCCCAGCAGCAGCAGCAGCAGCAGCAGCAGCCAUCCAGCAGCGAGGCGCUGCACUGCAAGAGACGCAUCAGCUUCGCGUACGCGUCGUCGGCGCCGCACCAGCCGGCCUCCGUGGCGCGGCGCAACGCGCGCGAGAGGAACCGCGUCAAGCAGGUCAACAACGGCUUCGCGACGCUGCGGCAGCACAUCCCGGCGGCGGUGGCGGCGGCGCUGAGCCCUCCGGCCCCCGCCGCCUCCCCGGGGGCGGCCGGCCCCCAGUCGUCGCGCGCCGCCAGCCGCAAGCUCAGCAAGGUGGAGACCCUGCGCAUGGCCGUGGAGUACAUCCGCGGGCUGCAGCGGCUGCUGGACGAGCACUCGCCGGCGGCCAGCACCCAGGUGUCGGGGGCGGACCCCGACCACGGCUACUGCUCCGCCAGUCCGCCGAGCGCGCACCGCCGCUGCCCGCCGCCGUCCCCGGACACCGCCUCCUCGCCGGCUCCGUCCUUCGCCUCCGAGGGCUCCACCGCCGGCUCGGCCGCCUACAACUGCGAGAACUACGAGCCCAUGAGCCCCGAGGACGAGGAGCUGCUCGACGUGAUAUCCUGGUGGCAGCAGAGCCACUAGCGGACCCCGGGUCACGUGAUGACGGGGUGGCUGUGACGUCACGACCCCCCAGUGCCUUCCGCCGCCUCCGAGCCUGCGCACGAGCGGCGCCUCAGAGCAACACUCGCGUAGAAGCGAGCAGACACGACCACAGAACACAAGAGCGCACAGAAGCGAAGCCAACGUGUCGACGUCUUUGAAGUUGAUCACGAUCACGUAAUUCAGUGAUCGACGAUACAUGAUUAUGUCCUUCCUGCACUGCCUGUCCCUGACACUCGCUUGUGAUUGGCCAGUGUAUUUUCCAACAGAUUUUACUUGGAUGACUGUACGCGCUUUUUUUUUUUUUUUUUUUCAGAAUCCCAUUAGUCCUAUUUUUUUCUCCUCUUCAAAUAGGAGUUAUUUAUUUUUAUAAUUUUUCGCAGACCAUAAAAUAUCGCGGCCAUUUGAAUUUGUAAACAAAAAAUUGCUGGAAUAUUAUUAUAUGAGAGUUUUGUUUCGGUUCAAAUUCUAUAACACUGGGUUGAUGAAUAUACAUUUUCAAAAGCGCUGGCGACAAUCAAAUGAAUCACAGAAAACAUUCGUAUGGUUUUAUGCUAUUUUUUUGUACAGAAAAUAGUGGCCUAGAAGAUGACCUAUUAAAAACUCAUACACUUUUCACGAUCAGGAAUCAGAUUUUGUUCCUUUUUUCUAUGAAUAUAUACAUCCUCAAAAAAAUUACUUUUUAGUUAACUAAAAGUCAUUAACUUGUUUGAAGAGGAUUCCAUUUAACAUAUAAUUUUCAUUCAAUUCAUUCUCAAAGCUGUAAAAAAUUGGCUUAAAAAAUUCAGUUAAUUGACUCCAAUAAAUAAAUAAUUAGCAUAAAAAAAUACUUCCGGACGGAGUCGGGAAAUGCCGUAUUCUUAACAAAUUUCCACUGUAAUAGAGUUAAAAAAAAUUGUCAGGAAACGGUAUGCCGUGACAUAGUUAAUGUCACCUUUUUUAUUACCUCGCGAUAGCGAAUUAUUCACACGUUGCGGAAAUGGUGCUUGACCACGUCUGCUGGUGGUUAGUAAGCAUGGAUUAGAAUCCCCGGCAUUCAACCCAGUCACGUCCACGAAAUACAGUCCGUUUAAAACUGUUUGCACAACCGCAGACACUGCACUUGGACCAAUGUUUUGAGUUGCUCAGGCCACGAGCUACUGAAAGAAACAAUUACACCCGGUUAUCACAUGCCCUGCUCAUGGCAUGUGUCGCACCUGGCAUGUGUCACUCAUGGCAUGUGUCGCACCUGGCAUGUGUCUUUCAUGGCAUGUGUCGCACCUGGCAUGUGUCACUCAUGGCAUGUGUCGCACCUGGCAUGUGUCGCACCUGGCAUGUGUCACUCAUGGCAUGUGUCGCACCUGGCAUGUGUCACUCAUGGCAUGUGUCGCACCUGGCAUGUGUCGCACCUGGCAUGUGUCGCACCUGGCAUGUGUCACUCACGGCAUGUGUCGCACUUGACAUGUGUCGCACCUGGCAUGUGUCGCACCUGGCAUGUGUCACUCAUGGCAUGUGUCGCACAUGGCAUGUGUCGCACAUGGCAUGUGUCGCACUGGUGACCGGUGGCUGUGCGGGUGACAGCUUUGCUUCUGUGCGCGAGACUGUUCUGUGUUCCACCAGGCCUGUCCUGCGUCCUCAAGAUGAAAACAACCAGCACACAUGUCGUAUGCUCUAGUAGAAGCGAUGUUUGUUUCAAACAGAGGUCGACAGUGUGCACUACCUGUGUUUUGUAAUGUGAAAUAGUUGCAGCAUGCUUAUACGCAUCAGUCUAUGCUCUCAAAUGCCAAAAAGUAUUUAUCAGGUCAUGUCCACAGCUUCAGCGAGUGCUGUAACACACAAUAUUGGCUACGAUCGUGUAGCUACUUCAUUAACAUGUGCUCUGCCAAGAAUGUGAGUUUGCAUUUGCAACAUGUUAGCUUCCUGCAUUCCGUGACAGAAAUGAACAAAGUAUGUUUAAUUCGCAGGCUUUUUGAGUUUUAUUGUUAACAGAAUCUCGCUCGUUUUGAAAUGGUAUUCCUGUACCAUUGAACUUGUACUGAAGAGACUUGUGUUUUGAGUCCUUUUUGGAUUCGAUUUAUAUGUAUGUUAAAUUUCUAGUCAAUGUUAUCUGAAUUAUCAGUGUCAUACGAUCGUUUAGAAGUGGGGACAAAAGACUCUAUAUUUAGAGCGUACAUUCCGAGAGAGCUUGAUGAUGUUUUCAUGAAUAUUGGUUUUUCGUGUCGAUACACCUUAUAGAUGUUUUUUUAGCAUAGUUAUAAUUGUUUGCUAUACUGUUACUGAUGCUGUUAUUUAUUUUUCUAUUAGAAAUUUGUUAGAGUCUUCUAUGUGAUAGCAUUCUUGUAAACUUUAAGAUAGCUAAUAUUUUGUAUAUAAGAUCUAUGUCUUUUUUAAUUUUUUAAAAAGAAACCUGUAAAUAUCCAUACCUACACUAUUCCGUAAUUUGUUUGAGCUAGUAAAUGUCCCAGAGGUUUGUUCAAAUUUUUCUUCAUUCUUCCAGAAAUUGCAGUGUUAAAUGGCUAAUUUUAUGUCACUAAA